CUUACUAAUCAAUAUUUUUUUACUUUAUAUUUGAAUAAAAUUUAUAUUUUUUACUUUAUAUAUGUAUAUCCAGUAAUAUGGUCGGUGAAGAUGACUGGAAAUAUACAAGCAUAUGUGGACACUUAGAAGCGGUUAGGUGGCAGUUAUGGCCACGGAACUGUAACAAUAGUCCUGGUUAUCUUUCCCUCGGCGACUGGACUAAGUCGCCUUUUAUAUGGUUACAUUAUGUGGAAAGUUCAGAUGGAUUACUGCCAGAUGAUGACGUGUUGCUCAGUAAAGAUACCCAGUUCUGGUCCAUUCAUGAUGUACAACGCUAUUUCUGCGGGCAAUUGCAUUGCGAACAAGUUCUUUUUACGUACCAAUAUCCGAAUAUAAGGAUGCCCACAAAAUUGGGAAAUUAUUCCUGGAAGAGCAACACUGCAUUAAAAAUUCCUUCUACGCAAUAUCAGAAAGAACUUAACCGGUGUUUAGAAAUAACACUAAAGAAAAUGGAAGCAAAUGAAACGCAAAUGGAUCUUUUGAUUAUCUGUGAUCAGCUAAUAAACAUUGAACGUUUAGAUGAAUUUAAAAGAAAAACAUUUUUUCGUAUUAUAUUAAAUAUUUUAAGUUUCCAGGAUCAACUGCAGCUAGUGUCUUUUGAGAAUUUGUGCUGCAAACGGUUAGAAGGGGUGCGGUUGAUCCAGCAACUCGCAUGUUUCAAUUCUCAUUCACUUAAGUAUCUCUUUCUCUGGCGGUUUGUUUUGCCCAAUGAAAAUCCAUUACUGAUCAACUACAGUUAUAUUACCGGGAGUGGUCAAUACAUUCCACGACCGGAAACUAGGCAAUGCUUCCUUCGUAGUCUUAGCGAGUUGCGAAACUUGCGAGUUCUUGCCCUUGAGUAUUCUCAUAUUGCGGAUGGAAGCGGAAGUGCCCUCGUGUCUCUCCUCCCGAUACUUAAACGCCCACAUUUUAAAUUGCAGUUGAUAUGCCGCGAAGACCACAUUCCUGGUCAAGUUGACGUUGCACUCGGGUGUGGCGGGUGUGACAUCCCAGACACAGCUUGGAAACGUAUCACCAUCGCAUGUCCCAACCUCUUCUUAUUUAUGGCAUUUUAUAAACAUGAUAUCAAUGUACUAUAUACAGUUCGUGUACGCGACUAUGAUAACGUACGACGUUUUUUGACUCCAAGUAUGCCCUUACGCGAAGUGCAUCUCCAGUUGGGCAUUGAUCUCAAGAUGGAACAGAGACAAGAUUCAGAUGUUAGUUGCUUCGUUCGCUACUUAGGCUUCCAUUACAGCAGUACACUGGUAACACUUAGUAUUCACCAAUGGAGGUUCGCGGCGUUCCCUUUGCGAAGAGUAUUCGAAUUAUUUCCCAGAUUGGUACGGUUUUUUUACACCGGCAAAGUAGAAGAUGAGGUUGAUUUGAGAAGAAUGUUGCAAAUUAUUGCUUGCGGCGUAUGCGACAAAUUAAAUCAAAUAAAUAUUCAGGUGCAAGAUGAAGAAUCUAAAAGAUCUUACUGGAAGAAGGCAGUUAAUUCGAUUAAUAAAGAUUUUGCGGGAGUAAUGAAGCUUUGUGAAAUUAAUUUUUGUAUAUUGACAUAUAAAAUUUAAAUUACAUUAUUA